CGAAAUUCUGUUUGGUGUGAGGGGACUCGACAAUCCCCCCCAAGCACCUCUUAGGACCACUGUCCCGUGUUGAGUCCUGUCCUAUUAUUAUUUUCAUUAUUUCUAUUCUUAAUCUCUAAAUGACGAGGAGCCACAUUGCUCCAGCUCCAGAAAACAGACGCGGCUUUUUCGGGCAACAAAUGUCCACACAUUCAACAACGCCGUCCUUAUAGAUCCUACGAUAUAUUCUUGAUUACGCUUUAACGAAAGCUAAACAAGUUCUGUUUUAACAGAAAAGCAGUGAAAAAUAGGAGAAAAAGAAGAAGCCGUGGGCGUGGCUUGCCAUUCACACAGACUUUUCGGAAGCGUUAGAUAACUGCCCUAACUAAAGGGGGACUCCCCCGUCUUCCUGCUUCCGUCGCUUCUUUCUCUCAUUUGGCCAACUAUCGACAGUAAAUUGUGCGAGUGCGUCAGAGUCUCAAGGCAGCCUCAAGUAAUUUGCAAAAAUGAACGACGACUUUAGUCAGGAAAUGGUGUUACGAGCCAUCGACUCGAUCCGGGAUAGUGUUAUAAACGCGUCAUCGGCAGUCAGCACGACGACGUUGCCGCCGCUGGACAUUCCCAUGACCUCUAUGAAACCGCCAUCAAUUAUUCCAACUGUCGAGCUGGUUUUAGGAACAAUUACGUACUUGGUAAUUAUUGCAAUGACAGUUGUCGGCAACACACUGGUCGUCGUCGCAGUGUUCAGCUAUCGACCGCUGAAAAAAGUUCAAAACUAUUUUCUCGUCUCACUUGCAGCAUCCGAUCUGGCGGUGGCGAUAUUCGUCAUGCCUUUGCAUGUAGUCACUUUUCUAGCGGGUGGUAAAUGGCUUCUUGGAGUUACCGUAUGCCAAUUCUUCACCACUGCUGACAUUUUAUUAUGCACGUCAUCAAUUCUCAAUCUAUGUGCAAUUGCAUUAGAUCGAUAUUGGGCCAUCCACAAUCCAAUCAACUAUGCACAAAAACGUACGACCAAAUUCGUAUGCAUCGUCAUUGUCAUUGUUUGGAUAUUGUCAAUGCUCAUAUCAGUGCCUCCAAUCAUUGGAUGGAAUAAUUGGCAGGAGAAUAUGAUGGAGGAUAGUUGCGGGUUGUCUACGGAAAAAGCCUUUGUUGUCUUCUCUGCUGCCGGUUCAUUCUUCCUCCCACUCCUAGUCAUGGUAGUGGUGUAUGUCAAAAUUUUCAUCAGUGCUCGCCAACGAAUCCGCACUAAUCGAGGACGCAGUGCACUAAUGAGAAUCCAGAAUGCCGAGGGAGACGACGACUACCGAAAGAUGUCGAUCAAGCGAGCGUCUGUAGAAUCAGCACGCACUUCGAGCAGGACCGACGGCGGUAGCUUGCCAAAAGAUGAAACCACGAAGCACAUGAAAUAUCACAAUAAUGGAUCGUGCAAAGUGAAAGUGAAGGAUGUGAAGGAGGAUGAAGGAAAUCCAAAUCCUACUGCAGUCCUGCGAAAACGUGAGAAAAUCAGUGUGGCGAAGGAGAAAAGAGCAGCAAAAACUAUUGCUGUUAUUAUAUUCGUAUUUUCAUUCUGUUGGCUACCAUUUUUUGUAGCAUAUGUCAUACGACCAUUUUGUGAAACAUGUAAACUUCAUGCAAAAGUUGAACAGGCUUUCACGUGGCUUGGCUAUAUCAACUCUUCACUUAACCCAUUCCUUUACGGUAUUCUAAAUUUGGAGUUUCGCCGAGCAUUCAAGAAGAUUCUGUGCCCUAAAGCUGUAUUAGAGCAGAGGAGACGACGAAUGAGUGCGCAACCUUAGAUUCUUUCUGUAAUUAAUUGAUAAAUUUAUAUACAUUAUGAUUUUUUUUUCCAAAUUCUUGUGUUGUUUUGCUUUCCAAUCGGUCUGGUAUCCCUGGUAUUUUUGUAUUUUCUUUAAGUAUGUAUUUCCUAAAUUUUGAGUUGUGUCUUAGUUUUAUAAUGUGCUAGAAUAUGACUUUGAAUAUGAUUUUGAUCUCGGUUAUUUUUGUGAACCAAAAACUCCACCAUUCUAAUCUUGCAAACUGUCCACUGGUGAACUUUUUCUCUUAUUCUUAUUGGAUAUUGUCCUGAAUAAAUUAACUUUGCUUGAACA